AUGUCAUUGAAAGUACAGACAAGUAACAUCACAAACAAGAAUGAUCCCAAGUCCAUCAACUCCAGGGUCUUCAUUGGGAACCUCAACACAGCAGUGGUCAAGAAGUCAGAUGUAGAAACCAUCUUCUCUAAAUAUGGCAGAGUGGUGGGCUGCUCUGUGCACAAAGGCUAUGCAUUUGUACAAUAUUCAAAUGAAAGGCAUGCACGGGCUGCUGUCCUAGGGGAGAAUGGGAGAGUACUCGCCGGUCAGACUCUAGAUAUAAACAUGGCUGGAGAACCGAAGCCCAACAGACCCAAAGGACUAAAGAGAACAGCAUCUGCCUUGUACAGUGGCUAUGACUUUGACUAUGAUUACUACAGAGAUGACUUCUAUGACAGACUCUUUGAGUAUCGAGGAAGAGUCUCCCCCAUACCCAGGAUGGUUCCCGUGAAGCGGCCACGAGUCACCAUACCUUUAGUGCGACGUGUCAAAGCAACUAUCCCGGUCAAGCUCUUUGCCAGAUCUGCUGCUCUUGUGAACAGCUCCGCCAAAUUAAAAUUGAAAUGCAGUGAACUGCAGACAAUUAAAACUGAGCUGACGCAGAUCAAAUCCAACAUUGAUGCUCUCUUGGGCAGAUUGGAGCAGAUUGCUGAACAACAGAAAGCACCCACAGAAGUUAGAAAAAAGGCAGAUGGAAACAAAAGUGAAAUUUCUCAGGAAGACACAUCAUCAGAAGCAGAGGCGAACACGGAAGAGCCAUUAAAUGGGGAAGAAGAAGAGGAGGAGGAGGAGGAAGGCCUUGUGCAGGAUGAUUGUGAUGAUGAAUUGGAGAAUAGCCAUUUCACAUAUGUGGAAGACUCCAGCCUACAGUAA